GCUUUUUGCACGCACGAUUUGUGCAUGUGUUUUGUGUACACAAUUUGACACAUCGAAAGAUGGCGACUGCCGGGCCGUCCAGAGCGAAUGCUACCGCACCAAAAUUUGAUUCCAAAAACCUGGAAAUAAAGACGAAGUCAAUUGAGCAGACAUUGGUGCCACUUGUGACACAGAUCACCACCCUGGUCAACCACCGGGAGAAAGUUGGCAAGAAGUCGGAGAAGACCUGCAAGGCCAUCGAGCGCGUGGGCCAGGCCGUCAACUUGGCCAUCGAACGCUUUGUGUCAGUCGGUGAAGCCAUCGGAGACAACAAUGCCGAUAUCAAGGAGGAUAUGUUUGACGCCUGCAGGGAAGCUAGACUGGCGGGUGAGAACAUUGCCAAGUUGACAGACAUGACGUACGACGAGUCGGGACAAGUCAUGAGCCCGGCCGACAAAAGCGCCAUGGUGCGAGCUGCCAGGGGCUUGUUGUCUGCUGUCACCAGGGUACUCCUGCUAGCUGAUAGGGUAGUCAUCAAGCAGAUACAGGCUGCCAAACUCAAAGUGAUAGAUAGUUUGAACAAAAUUGAGAGCACCAAGACCUUCACUGAGUUUGUCCAGUGCUUCAGCCAGUUUGGAAAAGAGAUGGUGGAACUAGCACAUCUGACUGGUGACCGGCAAAAUGACCUGAAAGACGGGAAGAUGAAAGCCAAGAUGGCGGCUGCCCGAGCGAUACUAGAGAGAUCCACCAUGAUGCUACUAACAUCAUGCAAGACGUGCCUUAGACAUCCUGACUGCGUGCCAGCCAAGGAGACGCGCAACGGCGUGUUUGUCAACAUGCGUCGCGCCCUCAGCCUCAUCGACGAUGUCAUCAACGGCGGUUAUGCCCAGCCCAUGCAGAACGGCAUCACCACGUCCAGGAAUACAAACAACGCGCUACAGGAGCUGAUAGAUCUUGUGGAAACGGCCAAGGUCACCCAAGCUGACAAGUCCAGCCGAGACAAGCUGCAGUACGUACUAGACACUGUCAUUGACACCACGCAGGACUUCACCGACUCGGCCUACACGUCUCACGAGCACAGGGAACGCAUCCUGACCCUGCGGGACAGGGCUAGAACGGACCUGCGGACCCUGGCCAGCGUGGGCGCUGUCCUGGAAAAGCGACCAAACAAACAACAUGAGCAGGACCUGGAGACAUGCAUACAGCAGAUGUCCAAGACAUUGCUGGAUCUCAAGAAGCAGCUGCAGAACACGGCGUUGGACCAGGCCUCAGAGAUCUUCCGUUCCAACGAUGACCAGGAUCUCCUGGCCAAUCUCAAGCAGACAGGGGCCACUGGCGACCUGGACAGGGUGGAGGAACACUCGCUCAAGUUCAGUGAGCACUCAGAACAGCUUCAAGAGGCAUGCAGGUUACUGGGUCACAUUGCUGGCACUGCGCCGCUAGCGAUAUCUGCGGACUACGCAGAGAACAACAUCAAAUCUAUAGGUCCUCAAAUUGUUGCCUUGGCAACCACCUUAGCGAUUCAUCCCAGUAGUAAGAUUGCCAAGGAGAGCCUGGAGGUCUUCAGCGACACCUGGGAGAGCCAGGUCAACGACCUGUCGCUGCUGGUCAAGGAAAUCAACGACUGCUGUCAGGGAAAAACAAGUGAAAAGCAAGUGUAUUUAUCGUUACCAAGGCCAGGGUAUAUUCCAGUCAGUAAACAUGGCUCCACACCAAAAAGCAUCAAACCAGCCAAGCUUGAUGCAGAGGAGCAAGCCAAGAUUGCCAAGCUGGGUCUAGAGAUGAAGCUGAUGACGUCGGAGCUGGAUGCUGAGACGGACAAAUGGGGCGAUCAAGACAACGACAUCUUCAAGCGGGCUAAGAACAUGUCUAGUAUGGCGUACUCCAUGUACCUCUUCACAAGGGGGGAAGGCAUGCUGAAAACCACCCAGGAUCUCUUCAAACAGGCUGAGUAUUUUGGUGAGGAAGGCAACAAGCUAUUCCGUUCCCUCAAGCAGUUUGCUGCUCAAGUGCCUGAGUGUUCCUUGCGGACUGAGCUGUCAUCGCUUAUAGAUCAGAUUCCAUCUUACUGUCAGCAGCUACUCUUCAUUACUAAGUCACCUACGAUGGGCAAGGUGGCCACAUUCAAUAAGGUGGACAACACAAUACAAGAAACACAGAACCUUUUAUCAACAAUUAGUAGAAUAGUGCCGCUGAGCUACACGCUGGCAGCGAAGUUCCAGAUCCUAUCACCAGUAUCACCGGUCCAUCGGUGGCGAACAGCGCCCCCUACCAUGGACUAUCGGUACAACAGUUACGAGGACAGCGACUCCAUUGCCAGCUCCAGCAGCAGCCGAUCAGACCGCUCCCCGCUACGCGGAAGCACGGAAAAAAUCCUCUAUUGACCGGCAACACCCGGAAGUUCCGGGAUAAAAAUCCUAAACGCUCUCCGUAUGAAAGACUUCCAGAAUUACAUGUUUGCCUGGACUCUGGGCUUGAUCCUGUAUGGAAACCAAGGCCAUAGAGUGAGUGAUUCCUGCAGGAAAAUCCCAUGUUAUUCCAUGUCAAUCCAUGUGGAAUGACUUGCACGUACCAUGGCAUGAUUCCAGUGUGGAAAAAUUCCAACUUUUCUGGAGAGAAUUUCCAGCGUCCAGCUCGAAGUACUCUGUGUACCAUUGAAGUACUUCAAUGUGCAAGCCCUUACAACAUAAACUGAGCAUCAGCCGUACGUGGGAUCACUUUGGAGAUAUGAAUAUAUCAUUGCUUAAUUGUAUCAUUAUUUAAAAUAUACUAAAAAAUAUAUAAAAACACUAUUGCAAAGCAAGAAAUGACUUGAGAAAAAAAACCCCAGCAUUUCAAUUUUGUUAUUUAGUAACUCUACGAUUGUGCUAAAGAAUAUGUAUCCCCCGAAACAAGCCCCUUAGGAUUAAAGGGACAUUACGAGCUGGAAUGCGCCCAAUUGGGCUACAGAACGUGUUUUAAAUGAAAUGAUAUUAAACGGAAAGAGCAUUUAAAAUUAGUAUAUGAAUGUCCACACAACUAGCCUUUAAAAACUGGGUGUUUUUGUGUUAUUGUUGCGAGAACCAUGCGAGAACGAAUUUUGGGGGUCAAAAUUUUGUCCCCGAAAAAUCGAACUGUUGAUGCUAGUUGUGAAUCCUGCCUCACAGUGAAUUGAAUUCUGUGGACGUGUAAGAAACAACAUCUGUGUAUUGGUGCUGUGUGUAUUAUGAAUCACACACACAACGUGUUCGAUGCAUUGAAUAGACAAGACUUGAAAUGCGAAUAUGUAGGCCGUCGCGUUCAAUGUAAACAACCACGUUUUUUGGUCUUUCCUCAAGAACGUUAAGACAUUAGGUUUGUUUCCUUUCAACCAGACCUUGAGAAUAGUAUAAGUAAACAAUCCAAAACAUGUUAUUGUUGGGGAUUUCAGGCCGUAAUAUCCCUUUAAGAACCAAAUAAUCGAAGAGUGCUUCAUAUGGAAUAAUCUAAAACUAAUCUAUACAGAGUAAUUUGUGGCUUUUGUUUCUCCGGAAAAAAACCUAAGCUUGGCUUGUGCCCACACAAAGGAUUUGUGCUCAGAGGCAUUGCAAGUAAAAAAAACAACCAAAACUAUGUUUUUUUUAAAUAGCUUUUGGGUUGAUAAGCUCAAGUUCUUAAAGUUUUACAUAUUCCUUCCCAAUUUUUACCCCUUUUCUUGGUGGGGGGGGGGGGAGAGGGUGGCUGCCAUUUGCUUGUAACCUUUAUGAAGAUAACUGGAAAGUCAUAUUUUAACAACAAAACGGGGAAAAAAAACAUUACUUUUGAAAAAGUAAUAAAUGAUGAUGAAUGUUUGUUACCUCUGUACUGUAAGUAAACAAUUCCUAAAUUUACAUGACAGCACAAGUAUUUCGUACAUGUUAAUGUUCCGACAUGAACUGUGUGCUGAGUCAAUGUAAGAAAUGACUGAUUUUCAGUACGUGAGGAGAAAAAAGAAAAGUACAAAAUUGAUGGUGCUAAUUUAUUCUGUUAAAUGUUUACAAAGUUUAAUUGUUCUCACUGACUUGUAUUAAUGUGCGUGAUUGGAACGGCACUUUUCUGUAACAUGUUUGUACUGUGGAGUUACAGUGUCGGGAUAAACAAAUGAUUUUUUUUUUUUCUGUGAAAACGGAAUUGUGUUGGUUGUCACCAAAGUUGGAUGUUGAACCAUUGGAAACUUUCUGUUUUAUUAUUGUUAAUUAAAAACUUGAACAUUUUUGAUGACAUCUGACAAAACUUAAACAGGCUUUUGAAGACUUGUGUGGUUGGAUUUAGUUACAAGCUCUCUUGUGUUGGCCAGCUUUUCUUGCUCGGUUAUCAUAAACAAAAAGAGGGCAGUGUUGGGUUGGUUGACAAUUUGUCUGGUGAUAAACUCUGGGGAAGCUUAGAAAUCCUCAAAAAAAAAGAUUAGCAAAAGACGGAUCUAUGAAACCUGCACUAUGGCAACAACACGUGUGCCUCUCCAACUGCAUAUGUCAUGUGUGCGGCAUUCUAGCAAAAUGAGACCGAACUUGGCAGAGGUCCCAAUGAGGGUUCGCGGGUAUUAGGAAAUAAUAAUCCUUGCAAUACUGUUGGUUGCACUUUAUUCGGACAUUCUGUUGAAAAGUUAUGGCUGUUUAAAGUUCCAUUGAUCAACAAAAAAAGUAAAACACUAAGAAAAAGUCCUCUAAAAGUUUCAACUGUUUUGUAGUUGUGAAAAUGAAAGAUGCCAGUUGUUUUUUUCUUAAAAACACUUUUAUUCCAUGCUUUUUAUACUGUUUCUUAAAAAUAUGUGUAGCCAUAUCAAAGAUUACAGAUAUCAACAAAUCUGAAA